UGUUGCUAUAUAAUACAGGAGACCGUACCUCAACUAUUGAUCGUGAGGUUGAUGAGAAUGCCUGUCAAGUGGCUGCGUGUGGCUGGUGCCAGUCCAGAAUGCAUCCAAGCUCUAAUUUGCGCCUGACGCAGCCACAUUUGCUACAACUCGGGGUUGGGUCCAUUACCGCCCUUGACCUUGCAUAUGCGCGAACUGUCCAGUCUAUUCUGCCAUCAAAGGCUCCCGAAUUCCUCCCAAGCUACGUAAGAGCAUCUAAUCCGUAGAGCUGAGCUCAUCAGCCGCCAAGCACACGUCGUCAUGCCUCCUCGAAUAAACAUCCCGCCAGUCACUCGAGUGUUACUCAUAGUUCUACUAUUGCAGUCUGUUCUGAGCGCAGCUGUACGCUAUCGACAAUGGUCCGCCAACUCGGAGAUUGUGGUGGAAUGGCUCACGCUGGUUCCCCAACUGUCGCUCUUCUACCCUUGGGUCUUUGUGACGACGACGUUAGUCGAGAACAACAUAUUUACACUAGGACUUGCUGGCUUGACCAUCUUUCAAGGCGGCCGGUACCUCGAAAGAGCAUGGUCCUCCAGGGAAUUCGCAAAAUUCCUCUUGGUGGUAUCCUUGAUACCCAAUGCGCUGAGCUUCUUGUUCCUGAUUAUCAUGUUUACUUUGACGAGGAAUGAGCGAUGGACGUUAACGACAAUCUCCGGUACCGUUCCCUUACAAAUCUCCUUUCUGGUUGCCUUUAGCCAGUUGGUACCAGCUCAUACCGUCACCUUGUUCCGAGGCAUCUUGUCCAUGCGCGUGCCUAGAUUUCCUCUGGUACAUCUUGGAGUGGUGACGGUGCUCUGGUUGACCCCGAUAUUCACCAUAGCACAUCUACUUCUUGCUAUAUUCGGACUCUUGACGAGCUGGACAUAUCUGCGCUUCUUCAAGGCCGUGUUUCCGGAUCUCGACUCUUCGCAGCCGACUGCCCUGCGAGGCGAUGCUAGCGAGACGUUUGCAUUCGCCAGAUUCUUCCCUGGGCCUAUGCGACCGCCUGUGGAAGUUGUUUCGGACCAGAUCUUCAAUGCACUGGUAGCUAUCAAGGUCUGCACGCCGUUCUCACAGGCAGAUAUCUCUGCUACGCAAGCAAACAACUUUUCAUCAAGAGGAGGAUCAGGUGGUGUUCGGGCAGAAGCUGAGAGGCGUAGGGCGCUCGCACUGAAGGCAUUGGACCAGAGGUUGCAUGCGGCAACCAGUACUCCGCGGAGUCAUUCACAACCACCAAGUCAUACGGCUGGACCCACGGUGUCAACCCAACCUCUGGCUAGCACUCAGACUGCCAUGACCUCAGAACCAGCGGCUAUGCUUGGAGAAACAAAUUACGUCCCAGAUCAAGAUCAUCACGAGAAAGAUGGAGCUUGAAUAUUGUGUCUGGCAAACACUUUUGUCUUGUACCAUAUUAUCAGCAUUUGAGCAAGGAGUACAGUUAGAGGUACACUUCUUUCCUAUGUUCGCCAACGAGGGACGUUUAUUAGCGAUUCAAAUGUCUUUAGCGCAGGAAGUUCAGGACCAGGGCGGAAUGUUGAAUGGUUUCGCGAGGCUAUAUUGGUAGGGAACACGAGGCGAUUAUGAUUUAAACCACUUCGUCUUUGGGUCAGCAGGUUUGGACGAUAAACUCUGUAUAGAAGAAUUCUCGAUGACUGAAUGACAAUCUCAAGUGUCAAUUGGGCUGGCUUUGUGGUGUCAUUAUGGUGUUUAACGCAUUCUCAACAAGUAUAAAAGUCUAGAUUAGCGGAGUAAAUUGUUGUUGCGGUCU